AUGCGACGGCAGCAGGGUAUGCACCUGGACGAGAGGUACGUUCCGUACUUGCAGAUGGCAGGCUUAUACCAUCUUACGAGGCUGAACGAGAGCUGGUUUAGGCUGGAUGAGUCCCUGGUUAGUGCUUUCGUGGAGUGUUGGCAUCCGGAGAUGUACACAUUUCAUAUGCCGUUCGGGGAUUGCACGAUUACACUGCAGGACAUGGCGUACCAGUUAGGACUGCCGAUCGAUGGGUAUUAUGUUAGUGGUUGCCUGACAAAUUUUCAUACGUACAUCAAGGGUGGUCGCCCAAGUUGGGCAUGGUUUGAGGAGCUGCUUGGUGUAUUGCCUCAUGCAAACUGCAUCCAAAAGUUUGCAAUGAACUGCAGCUGGUUCCAGGAGACAUUUGGAGAGCUUCCUGAUGGAGCCGAUGAGCCCACUGUUUGGAGGUGGCUGCCAUAUGUAGCUAGGCUUGAGGACAUGGGUGGGUACAGCUGGGGAUCAGCUGCUCUCGUGGUUAUACCAGUGCAUGUGACGCGUGGCGAACAGCCACGUGGUGAAGUUAGCCGGACCGUUACAACUGCUUCAGUCGUGGAUCUUUUGGCGAUUUCCUGGAUUCAGACUCGCUGGAUAUGA